AUGUCAUCAGAAAGGUCCCCAGUCAUUGUGUCCAAUCCAGAGAAAACCCUUUUGCCCAAACUCGAAUUUUUCAAAUCUAAAGGCUUUUCAAGCACAGAUGUAGUCAAAAUAAUGUCCCUAACGCCAAAACUUCUUAAAAGAAGCUUAGAAAACCAAAUCAUCCCAUCUUUCGAGUUCGUUAAGAAUUUGAUUGGAUCGAAGGAGAGAGCUUUAUCUACUAUUAAACGCUCAGCUGGUCCGCUUUUGGUUGAUCUCGAGAGUCGUAUGGCACCCAAUGUUGACACUCUGCGGGAGGUCGAUGUGCUAGAUGCAAAAAUUGCAUUCUUGUUGACAUACCAACCUAGAGUAUUCACUUCGAGUCGUGAGAGAUUUAGCGAGAUUGUGGUGGAGGUAAAAGGAAUGGGUUUUAACCCUAUGAGAAAGUCCUUUGUUGUAGCAGUUCAAGCAUUGAGCUCAAUGAGUAAGCCUGUGUGGGAGAAGAAGAUUCAGGUUUAUAAGAAGUGGGGUUUGUCUAUGGAUGAAAUUCUUGGGGCUUUUGGGAAGCAUCCGUGGUUUAUGUUGGCAUCCGAGGAAAAGAUCACAAGAAUUGGUCAAUAA